AUGGAGAGAGCAAGUCUGAUCCAGAAGGCCAAGUUAGCAGAGCAGGCCGAACGCUAUGAGGACAUGGCAGCCUUCAUGAAGAGUGCUGUGGAGAAGGGCGAGGAGCUCUCCUGUGAAGAGCGAAACCUGCUGUCCGUGGCCUACAAGAACGUGGUGGGUGGCCAGCGGGCCGCCUGGAGGGUCCUGUCCAGUAUCGAACAGAAAGGCCAGGAGGAGGGCUCGGAGGAGAAGGGCCCAGAGGUGGGAGAGUACCGGCAGAAGGUGGAGACUGAGCUCCGGGGCGUGUGCGACACCGUGCUUGGCCUGCUGGACUCCCACCUCAUCAAGGAGGCCGGAGACGCCGAGAGCCGGGUCUUUUACCUGAAAAUGAAGGGCGACUACUACCGCUAUCUGGCCGAGGUGGCCACCGGCGAUGACAAGAAGCGCAUCAUCGACUCUGCCCGGUCAGCCUACCAGGAGGCCAUGGACAUCAGCAAGAAGGAGAUGCCGCCCACCAACCCCAUCCGCCUGGGCCUGGCCCUGAACUUUUCCGUUUUCCACUAUGAGAUCGCAAAUAGCCCCGAGGAGGCCAUCUCACUGGCCAAGACCACCUUCGACGAGGCUAUGGCUGACCUGCACACGCUCAGUGAGGACUCCUACAAGGACAGCACCCUCAUCAUGCAGCUGCUGCGAGACAACCUGACUCUGUGGACGGCCGACAACGCUGGGGAAGAAGGGGGCGAGGCACCCGAGGAGCCCCAGAGCUGA